CCCAAGCAGUUUCCAGAGAUGGAUUAUCUUACUUUCCUUUUGGCCCUUCUUCAUGUACACAAAGCUCUAUGUGAAGAGACAUUUUGGGACACGACUAUUAAAUUUGCUGAGAAUAUGACUCUAGAAUGUCUGUACCCAUCAGUGGACAUUACCCAGGUGGAGUGGUUUAAGAUCCACGAYGUGCAGAAGUCUAUAGGCAUUCUCCACCCCACUUAUGGUGUGGUCRUCCAUGAGUCCUAUGACAAGAAGCUUCACCUUUUGAACUCAUCGACGGCUCCCAACACUGCGAUCCUCUCCUUUUAUAAUGCCUCUGAGACCGAUGUCGGCACCUAUUCCUGCUCUUUCCUGACUUACACACAUGGAAUUUGGAAGAAGACAAUACGUGUGGUUCAGUCAGAUAGUUUUGAGACAGAUGCACCAUUGAAUCACCACUUCGUCUCAGAAUCUGGAAAAAAUGUCACACUCAACUGUCAGCUUCAGAUGGAUGGGCUGGUGCAUCAAGUCACCUGGGAAAAGAUCCAGCCCUAUCAGAUAGACCUCCUAACCUGCUGCAACUUGUCCCAAGGGAGGAGUUACACCUCAAAGUACCCCAGGCAAAUCCUUAGCAACUGCAGCCAGGGCAGCAGGAGCAGCUGGAUCCUCAUCCCCAACGCCACCACCUCGGACUCUGGGCUGUACCGCUGCCGCUUCUCUGCCCGCUCAGGAGAAAACGAAACCUUCKUGGCAAAACUGACCAUCACUGACGGUAAAGCUGAUCACCAAUAUCCCCUCUUUGUGGCUGGAGGGGUAGUUCUGUUGUUUGCUGUAAUCAUCAUCAUCAUCAUCAUCGUCAUUUCUUGUAACAGAAGGAGGAGGAGACAGAAGUCCACCCCGUUUAAAGAGUCCUGGGAUACAAAGAGUAAGGCAGCCAACAACUACAGAAGCCCCAUCUCCACCACUCAACCCAUGGAAGACACAAGGGAGGACAUCUAUGUCAACUAUCCUACCUUCUCUCGAAGGCCAAAACCUAGAGUCUAAGCUUUUCUCUUGAUAUCAGCUAACUAAUGGAGACUAUUAGAUACAUGGUCUUUAUAAUUUCUUCCUACCACCCCAUGACUG